UGCCGCGGUUCCCCCGAGCCGCUGUCCCGAGUCCGGCCGGGCUCCGCCGCUGCCUUCCCGACCCCUCGCUGCGGGCGGGGGUAGCCCGAAGGUGCCCUAGGAACGCGUGCCCGCCCCGGGAGCAGCGGAGACCCCUCGGCGCGGCUCCCAGGGCUGCCACUAGCCGCGAAUCCCGGCCGUGCCGGAGGAGCCCCGCGGGGACCGGUCCGGGUCACCAUGUCCCGCGGGGGCAGCCGCUGGCCGGUUCGCCUGCUGGUGAUCACCUGCGUGAUGGCCGGGCCGGCGCUGAGCCAGGAGUGCUCCGCGGAGAAGAUGGAGAAUUCCAUCAUCGAUAUAAACUUGUCCCUGCCCCGCGGCGUCCGGGGCGUGGAGCCGCUGCGCGUCCCCAGCGCGGGUGCGUGUGUCCGCGCCUGCUGCUCGGGGCGCCGGCUCGCAGGAGACAAUAAGUGCAAUUUGAUUACUUUUAAUGCUGCAAGAGCAAGAACACAUCCAAACUGCUACUUGUUUUACUGUCCUAGCACUGAGGCUUGUCCAAUGAAACCUGCAACAGGACUUGUGAGCUACAAGAUAACUACAGACAUUCAUGCCUUAGAGGAUAAAUCCAUCAAAACUGAGAACUUUUCUUCCAAUGAGUAUUCUUUGCCUUCGGAUGCUGGAACCUUUAUUUCUCACAGUCAGAAUAUCCAUCAGAAUCACACUGCCAGUUUGGAGCAGUCUGUCUUUCAUCAGGCAUCUGAACUCCUAAAACAAAUAGGCAAGCAUCUGGACAACAUGGAACUUCACACAGUUUCUCCUGAAUCUCAAGGAGCAAAAGAAUCUGAGAGCUUAGACCCCAUCUCAAGGCAGCAGGUAAUUAAUCUGCCACCAAGCACGCCUUCUGCUGUUCCAGUUGGAAACCCCAGUGCUUCCUUCCCCACCACUGCUCGGGCAGGCACCCCUGAAACCAGCAGCGCUUCUCCUGCUCCUGUGCCAGCAGGUACUGCCCACCUGGAGUCUCUUACAACCUCUCUGCAUCCUGGUGCUGCCAAACCAACCACACCCAGCCCCACCACAGCUGCCUCUCCACCUGCUGCAGCCACUGCAGCUAAACCUGCUGUCCCUGCCACCAGCAUCACUGUUACUCGUGUUCCUCUUUCCAAGCCCACAAAUUCUGCUUCUCCUUCUACAACCGUGCAGGUGACCAUGAAAUCUGGAUCUGCUACUGCCCUAUCAGGACUAAGGACUCCAGCCAUGGCUCCUGAGCCAACAGUUGUCUCUUCCAAUGACACCAGCCAUGUGACUCUCCUUUCUUUUCCAGGUUUCAUUCUGUCCAGCGAUUCCCCCGCAUCUUCCCAAAAUGACCUUUGGGGUUAUAACCCAUCUGACUCAGAAAGCUCCCUGUCAGAAGGUGUUCUGAGAGGGAAAGGUGCCUUUCAGCUGGGGGAAAAAAGCAGCCUUGUAGCAGCUUUGUUUUUUGGGGUGAUGUUCUUGUUGCUAGUUAUUGUGCUGACAGGGAAGAAAAUCCAUGAAUCUCUUCAGAAGAGGCAUUACACCAGGCUGGAUUAUUUGAUCAAUGGAAUGUAUGCUGAUGUCUGACUGGGAGAGGGAAUAAAAUUUUGAGGAGCAUCUCUCACUUUUGAGAGGAGAACUCUGAAAUGGAACAGUAGAUAUUGAAAUCUCAGAUUCCUUUUUCGGGCUCUAAUGGGAAAGCAGGAGACAGGAGAUGGGUUUGGUGGUGAGAAGAAAUGCUCUGUCUGUGCUGAACUAUAAUGUCUGUAAUUUUUGAUUUAUUCCUAAAUCCUGAGAGUAAACAUCUAAAUCCAAGUUAAGCUAAGAAGGUCUUAUAUUUAAGGAGAAAAAGCAUUUCAUGAGCUUAAUCUGUACUGUGACAAGAUUAGUGAAAUUGAAGUACACCUAAUAAAUUGAGUACCUGUGCAGCA